GGCCACUGGCUGGGGUAAAGGCAGCCGGGAGUGAGGCCGCUCAGCUGGAGGAAGGAGACAACUCCAAGCCCCCAGGCAGAGGCCCUACAGACACCCAAGAAGGGCAGGGGGAUGAAGGAGCUAUUCCUGCUGUUCCCCCCAACCGGGCCCCCCGCCCACCUGUCUUUGUAGAUCCUACUGUAUAUACAGUACUCGAAUAGGAAAGCUCAUGUCAAGAGAUGGAGCAGAAGGAAGAAAAGCCCUCUGAGGAUGGAACCACUAUCUCCCCAACCCCAGAGGCCCCAGUGACGCAGGGAGGUGGAGCCUCUGCCGAAGAGGCCAAAGGUACAACCGAGACGAGCGUCAAAGAGGGGCCUCCGGAUGCAGCGGGAAAGCAGGAAAGAGCCCCAGCCGAGGACAGCACGUCAGCUGAACUUCAGGGGGAAGCCAAUGGGUUGGAUGACGCCAAGGUGGAAUCCAAAGCGGAGGCUGAACUUCACAAGGAGGACGGCAGGAAGGAAGAGGUCACAGAGGCUCCUCAAGAGAUGACUGAUGGGAAGGAAGAGACCCAACCUGACCCCAAGGCGGCUGAGGAAGCAGAAGGGACCACGCUGGCCUCUGAGAAGCAGCAAGCUGACGAGAAGGAGGCCAAGCCCCAAUCUAGGGAGGAGGCCUGUGUGAAUGAUGAGGCCGAGGCUGAGCCCAAGCAGGCUGCUGGAGAGCAAGAGGCCAAGACUGGAGCCAGGGAGGCUGAUGGGAAAGAGGAGGCCACGGUGGCCUCUCAGGAGAAGAGCAGCAAGACAGAGGAGCCCGUGGCUGAAGCCCAGAAGAAAGCCAGUGCCCCAGAGGUCAGGUCAGACCCUCAGACGAAGCCUGCUGUGGAAGGGGAGGCGGACUCUGAACCUCGGGAGGCUGACGUGAAGGAGGAGGCGGAGCCAGGUAGUCCCAAGGGAGAGCAAGACCAGGGUGUGGAGAGAGAGUCGGAGGAAGGAGCAGGAGUGAUUCCCAGCUCCCCUGAGGAAUGGCUCGAGAGCCCCACAGAGGAGGGCAGUGGCCUCCGCCCAGAUGGGUUGGGUCCAGACACAGCAGCUUCCGGAGAGACCAGUCCUUCAGCCAGUGAGUCUUCACCCAGCGAGAUGCCCCAGAGUCCCACAGAGCCCCCUCCCUCCCAGAAGAAGAAAGAGAAGGCACCAGAGCACAGGGUGACAGCCCCUGCCCGGCCGCGGGGGCCGCGGGGGCCCCGGGCACAGAACCGCAAAGCCAUCGUGGACAAGUUUGGCGGGGCAGCGUCGGGCCCCACGGCCCUGUUCCGAAACACGAAGGCAGCCGGGGCAGCCAUCGGCGGCGUCAAGAACAUGCUCCUGGAGUGGUGCCGGGCCAUGACCAGAAACUACGAGCACGUGGACAUCCAGAACUUCUCCUCAAGCUGGAGCAGCGGCAUGGCCUUCUGCGCGCUCAUCCACAAGUUCUUCCCGGACGCCUUUGACUACGCUGAGCUGCAGCCCACGCAGCGCCGGCACAACUUCACCCUGGCCUUCUCCACAGCUGAGAAACUGGCCGACUGCGCCCAGCUGCUGGAGGUGGACGACAUGGUGCGCUUGGCGGUGCCUGACUCCAAGUGCGUCUACACCUACAUCCAGGAGCUGUACCGCAGCCUUGUGCAGAAGGGGCUGGUGAAGACCAAGAAGAAAUGAGGAGCGGACCGGCCCUGUGGGUGGAGGUGGGCAGAGCUGGGGCUUGAGCCAGGGCAGGUGGCACCAGUCUUAAAUGCAUUAAAAGUACUUUUAUAAAA